GUCUCCGUUAUUUGCUUCUUUAAAUCGCAAGCCUCUGAUCAAUUCUCCUCUUAAGCUGGCUAGCCAUUUCUGGAAAGUUCCAUGGACAAACAACGUACAAGGCAACGCAAGACUACUAAUACCUCUGACUCUGAAGAGGUGAGCAGUGUGGAGUGGGAGUUCAUAAACAUGUCGGAGGAAGAAGAAAAUCUCAUCCACAGAAUGUACAGCCUCGUUGGAGACAGCAGAUGGAGUCUGAUAGCAGGUAGGAUUCCAGGUCGGAAAGCUGAAGAGAUUGAGAGGUUUUGGAUUAUGAGACAUUCCCAAGUGUUCGCUACCAGAAGAGAAAAACUUAAUUAGCAGAUAUAAACAAAUUAAUCCUAUAAUGCUAUCAUUUUCACAACCUAUUGUUCUGUAAUAAUUUGUGACCGAAAAUAGAGGAUCUCUCAUAAUUAA